AUGCUGAACUUAACGUUCUUUGAUGACGACGGAAGCUUUUGUCGCAUCCAGGAAGCCUUCACCGUUGCCUCGGUGAUCAACCCGCUGAUGGCCAUAGGCAAGCUGUUUCGAGAAGGUUGGGAGUUGCGAGUGAACGAAGAAGAAGGUAUGUGUCUUACAGAUGGAAGCUCAAGAAUACCAGUGCAUCUCCACAAGAACAGCUUGGCAGCCUAUGCCUACGUACAAACUCCUUCAAGAAGCAGAAGUUACAGCAGCAACAACUACAAGAUGGUUCGCACAGUUGUUCAGCUCAACAAGCACGUUCAGGAAGCAGUGAACAGAGAAGAACCUGGUUGGCACAACACAGACAGCAUGGUGAUCGUGAAGUACGCCACUCAAUGCAGCUAUGAGAACCCAUCUCUCAUGUACAGCCCUACGCACUUUCCGUACAGAAGCACUUUGGUGAAAGAAGAGAGAGGAUGGAGAGCAGUUGAAGUUUCAAGAAAGUACUCCGAGAAGGCAGACCCUUUUGAAGAGUUUGCAGAAGGAGAAAAGGAAGUGGUUACAGCCAUUUCAGCAAAGCCAAUUCCACUUUGGAUCCUUGGCACCCCCUACGCUGCUGGAGACCGAGCAGACCAAGAAAGUCAUGGUCGUGACUACUGGAGAAUGGACCUCGAGAAGGGAGAAGUUGUUCGUCACCACGUAGUACCAAGAACUGUACUGUUUGACCCGACAGGAGUUGCCAACUGCCCUGUCCUCCUUGGAGAUCUCGAGAACAGCAGGUAUACCCAAGGAGACUGCAUUUACAGUACAGAGAUCUACGAACACAGCGACGACUGGAGAGCAGACCGCCUACCUCUACGUGAACACUUCCGUUUACCGUGGUUUGGUCAAACAAGGUUUCGUGUGAAGCCAGGAGUUGUUGAAGACCUAAAAGCAGAAGCUGCAGCAGAGGAGCUAAAGAAGAAGAAGGAAGAGCACUACAAAGAGAAGGAAGAUUCAGCAGCACCACCAGAAGCAGAGGAGAAUAAAGACGAAGAGAUGAGAGAAGCACCAGCAGACCAAGAAGCACCACAAGAAGUUGUUGAAGUUUUGGAGGAAAGCUUCUACCACGAAGGCGUCGAGUACACAGCGCAGAAAAGCAGUCUUAAGGAACUACAAGCACUUUGCAGAGAGUACAGAGUGAAGACAACAGGAAGCAAGAAGCAGCUCUUGAAGAGACUCGCCACAGCAGUCAGAGAAGAAAGGCUCAGCACGCAGCACAAGGAACAACGGGAACACCACCAAGCAUACCACCUAGCACCACCACAGGAACCAACGGAAGAGGAGAGAGCGUACCACAACUUGACGCACCUUCCGUAUCAGCCUUGGUGUCCCCAUUGCGUUGCUAUGAAAGCACGAGAAGACAACCACAAGAAAGGAUUGAGCAAGCCAAGCAGCUCUACGGAUUCCGCGAAGCCCGUCAUCAGUUUUGACUUUUGCUAUACAAGCACCACAGGAAGUGAAGAGCCACCAGCAGUGACUCUUGUCGCUGUGGACAGCUGGAGCAAGGCAGUUCUUUCGGUGCCCUGCAAGAGGAAAGGAGGUGCAGGAAGCACGACGCAUCUCGCGGAAGCACUCGUGCAGUUCACCACGCAGCUCGGGUACAACACCCUCGUUCUCAAAGCAGACAACGAGAACGCAGCCAAAGCACUCAAGGACAAAGUACAGAAAGAAGAACGCGAACAGCUCGAGAACGACGAGGCCGCUAGCGACCCUCCGAGUUCGGAGGACAGCAGUGAAGAGCAGCAGCGAGCACUUGAAGACAGAGAGGAACCAAGCUCACCCAGCAAGCUACGAAAGCAGGUCAACAGAGCAGAGGAAACAGACGGUUACCUCAACAUGCCUCAUGAUGAUGAAGUCUACGAAGCAGAUGAUGAGUUUGUGUACGAGUCGGAAGAAGAAGAAGAGGAUACAGAGAGUGAACCAACAGAAGUUUCUACCAAGGUCCCUGUCGAGUUCUUCGACGAGGAGAAAGGACCACCGAACGUGGAUCCAGCUUUUCUUCAGAAGUUGGAUGAUGAAGCUACAGUCAAGGAAAUCAAGAGGUUAACAAAGAUGGGAGUUAUUUCGUUGGUUUCUACGGACCCUCAGGAAGCAACUGAGAACGUACCUCUGGUAGACUCAGAGCAAGAACUUCACAAGUGGUUGACAACGAAGUUGGUGAAAGAUUGGAGGUUCAGAGAAGCUACAGGUUUUGAAGUUGAAGAAGCCAAAGAAGGAACAACAAAGCCCAAGCAGAUUCAAAGAAUUACAAAACUGGUGCCCAUGCUGGCUCUCGCCAAUCACUGGGCGAUCUACAGUGUCGACGUGAAGGUCAACGCGACGCAUCCAGUCUUUGGUCAGACUUUUGUGAUGGACUUUUGGUGGAAGAGAAGUUUGAGCGUUGUACAGCAGUUCCAGCACUUUACCGUCUUCUACGACAAGGUGAACUACGACGUGGACUCCUUCGACGAGGCAAAGAAAGAAGUGACAGAGAGAGCAGAGAAGUUGAAGAAGGUUGAGGAAAGCCUGGAGAAGGAAAAGGAGGAGUUCGGAAACCAAAAGACAGAGUUUGAGGAGACAGUGAAAAGGUUUUUGAAGAAGCAGAAGGAGGUGAAGGAAAAGGAAGACAAAGUUACAGAAAGAGAAGAGAAGUUAGAGAAAGACCAAGAGACCCUCCAAGAGCAAGCCAAGGUCUUAAGCGAGAAGGAGACAGCCCUUGAAGAAGCUGAGGAGAACGUCAAAGCAAAGGAAGCAGAGGUUGAAAAGAAGAAGAAAGAGGCAGAGAAGAGAGAGAGAAAAGCCCAGGAAAGAACCGCCGGCUACGACCAGGAGAGAGAAGAGUACGCCAAGAAAUACGUGGGCGACGCAAAGAAGGACCUGGAGAGAGAGCUUAAAGUACUAAAGCAAGAAGAGAAAGUAAGGAACCAGAAGCUCGACGACCUCCAGUACGACUACAAGAGCCUCAAGGACGACUACCAGUACUUCAAAGGUUACUCACAGGAAGUGGACGCACUUCUACUUGCAGCUAAGGACAAGAUCGUGAAGUACAAGAAGAAGGUCAAAAGCCUCAAGGAAACCAUAGGUGCAGCCCUGUCUGGAAGCGAAGGUGAAGAAGAGACAGAAGAAGCGUACAAGAGCAAAGCAGAAGAAGAGAAAGAGAGGAAAGAAGCGCAAGCAAAAGAGGAAGAGAAGAAGAAAGGAAAAAGGCCAAAGCAGGUAGAGACAGAAGACCAAGAAGAGAAGCCGUCAAGCAACCAAGGAGACGAAGCUACCGUCGACCCCAACGACAUAGCUGAGUUCACGCAGCUUGGCUACGUGUGGGAGUUCAACAAGAAGACGCAAGAGUACCGCGCGAAGUGCGAGGACAAGAAAGGAAGCACGAGAAUCAAGAACGCUCCGGUGAAAGGCCGCCUCCUUUGGAACAAGGUGACGGAGUGCUACAGAAGACACAACAUGUGGUUUACAGACGGAAAGGAAUUGGAUAAAUUUCUCGAGACCAAGGAGAACGAGAAGAUCGAGGAAGAGGUGCAGCGACGCAUCGGCAUGAAGGGCAAGAGCGACAACACAGGAACCAAGGGAAAAGGCCCUUCCUGGGACGACGGACACAACGACGGUUGGUGGUACAACGACCAGUGGAACAACGAGAACUGGAACACCAACGACGACGGCAGCAACUGGUACGAGAACGCGAACCCGAACAACAAAGGCUACUGGCAAUCGCCAGAAGAGUGGGCGCAGCAGAACCACUGGGACCAGUGGACACCCAAAGGAAAGGGUAAAGGCAAGAAGUCCAAGAACUGGGUCAGACCCAGUGAAAGAAUCCCGAGAAGGAAUGAUCGAGCAGGUCAAGCAGUGAACGCCUGUACAUAUGUACAUAGCUAA